AUGUCCUCGGGCGCCAAGCGGCUGGUGCAGUCGCUCCGGGGCCGCAGCGGGGGUAGGAGCGGCGGCGGCGGCGGCGGCCGGACCGACGGCGACGGGGGCGGGGGCGGCGGCGGGCCCACCACCAGCGCUACCCGUCUCUGCCACUACGAUAGCGGCCACGAGCUCGACGAGAUCUCCGUCGUAGGCGGCGCCAGAGGGAACGAGGGGCUCACCACUCCCACCACCCCCUGCCACUGUAGCAUCCUGAAAUACGACAGCAGACAGACGCUCUACAGCAUCGCCGGCUCCGUGCCCCCCGCGCCGGCAGCCCCCCUCCACAGGAGCGUCCCUGCCGGCGUCGCGACGCCAGGUGGCCACGUGGGCAUCGGCAGCGACCGGCUGAGCGAGGGCUCGGUGACGGCCCUGGUGUACACCGGCGAGCGGCUUCGAGAAAGGGCCGAUAGGGCCGACAGAAGCGAUAGGGUCUCCAGAGCCGGAGAUGGCAGGGGACCUGGGCGGGAUCGAGAAGAGGACUCGAAGAGUGUGGAGAACAUCUCCAGGAGUGGCAUUCCCUCCAGGCAGAGUCUUCUGGAUCUCGUCAGCAGCAAGCUCAUGGGGCGGCACACGCCCACCCAUCACUACUACCAUCAGCAGCAGCAGCGCUUCUUCAGCUCGUCGCGAGACUCCCUGCACGCGGCUUACGUGAACCGCGGGGCGAGCGAGCUCGACCUGAGUCGCAAGUCGAGGCGCAAGGACCACCUGAGGGGCAGGUUCAAGCUGCCCAACGCCAUCGCCCUGGCCUCCUCGCGCGACCAGUCGCACCUGCACACGCCGGUCUCCAUCAACCAUCUCAACAGCAACAGCAGCUGCAACGGGACCGAAACAAGGUAUACAGCCCAGCAGCAGCAACAGCAACGGGGCAGUCGAGGAUAUCCCGGUCAGCCAGGAUCGCGAGGGUUUCGCACGGGGGCUCCCAAUUGGUCCUUCGUCUUCGAUCCAGCGGGAAGACUCUGCUACUAUUGGUCCAUGGUGGUGUCACUUGCCUUCCUCUACAACUUUUGGGUCAUCAUCUAUAGGUUCGCCUUCCAGGAGAUUAACGGCGAGACUCUCGUGGUGUGGUUCUGCUUGGACUAUCUGUCGGACCUGCUCUACUUGGUCGACAUAGUCUUUCACUUUCGUACCGGGUACCUCGAGGACGGCGUUCUGCAAACCGACGCCACCAAAUUGAGGCAUCACUACAUGAACAGCACCACGUUUUACAUAGACUGCCUGUGCCUGCUGCCCCUCGACUUUUUAUACUUAUCUAUAGGGUUCAACAGUAUACUGCGAAGUUUUAGGCUCGUUAAAAUUUACCGGUUCUGGGCGUUCAUGGACCGGACCGAGCGACACACGAACUAUCCGAAUUUAUUUCGCUCCACGUCACUGAUACAUUACUUGCUGGUGAUCUUUCACUGGAACGGGUGCCUCUAUCACAUUAUUUAUAAGAACAACGGUUUCGGGAGCAAGAAUUGGGUCUUCGCCGACUCGGAGACGGCGGACGUUGUCAAGCAGUAUCUGCAGAGCUAUUACUGGUGCACGCUGGCUCUGACGACCAUCGGCGACUUGCCCAGACCGAGAAGCAAAAGUGAAUACUUGUUCGUGAUAGCUCAGCUGCUUUUUGGUCUGCUCCUGUUCGCCACGGUGCUUGGCCACGUGGCUAACAUCGUCACUUCCGUCAGCGCGGCCCGGAAGGAGUUUCAGGCUAAACUCGACGGCGUGAAGACAUACAUGAGGAUGCGGAGGGUGCCAAAUCAUCUCCAGGUAAAGGUGAUCAAAUGGUUCGACUAUCUAUGGCUGACACAGAAAUGCUCCGACGAGGAGAAAGCAGUCAGCUGUCUUCCCGACAAGCUGAAAGCGGAAAUCGCCAUAAACGUCCAUCUCGACACGCUGAGGAGAGUAGAAAUCUUCCAAAACACGGAGGCUGGGUUCCUGUGCGAGCUCGUCCUCAGACUGCGACCCGUACUCUUCUCACCUGGUGACUACAUCUGCCGCAAAGGUGAGGUGGGAAAGGAGAUGUACAUAGUGAAUAGGGGUCGGCUCCAGGUGGUGGCGGACAACGGCAAGACGGUCCUCGCCACUCUGAAGGCGGGCUCGUACUUCGGCGAAAUCAGCAUUCUCAAUAUGGGGACUGCAGGUAAAGAGUGCGGUAAUCGCCGGACAGCCAGUGUACGAUCAGUUGGCUAUUCCGACCUCUUCGUGCUCAGCAAAAAGGACAUGUGGGACGUUCUGAAGGAGUAUCCUGCAGCCAGGGUACGGCUGGAGGCCAUUGCCGUCAAAAGGCUGGAAAAGUACAAGAGAGCUCCCCUCGAGAAAGCCGCUAUGGGGAGAUGCCAGAGUACGCCGGGGCUGGUGGAGUCCCGGGGGCGUAUCCCCCUGGAGGAGAUGUGGAUCGCGCCGAUCGACAUCCGGGGAGCCCAUCCUUACUCGGUGGGACAUUCCCUCUUCUCGCCCAGCCCUAGCCCCUUGACCGCGAGGGGACUUCAAACGGGAGGGAACAACGACAACAUCGCCAGGAGUAUGGACAGCCCCAUGAGCGCCACCAGCAGCGGACAGAGCAGCGAGGACCCCACCGCCAAGGCGCCGCAAUCCGCCGCCACUCAACUGUCAACCGGUAGACAGUCCUCUCAUUCUGGUAUGACGUGUAACAGCAUGACGCAGCUGAUGAGCGAGGGGGCAACGCCGUUGCUAGGGACGCACGAGGCGCUGCUGGCGGAGAUCAAGUGGCUGAGGGAGCGACUGGUGUGCCUGGAGUCGGAGAACGCGGCGAUGAGCGUGAAACUGAACCAACAGCAAGUGGAGGUGGAGCACCGGCUAGCGGAGAUCGAGAUGCAGAUCUGCGGAGCGAGCUCGACGUCCAGCCAGGAGGACAACGAGCGGAACCGCGAGAGCAUCAUUUAACGAGAGACCACGCCGCGAGAGCGCGG